AUGAAUUACGAUCUAUAACAACUGAAAAAGACAUAUACAACUAAAAACAAGAAACCUCCUAUUGAUAAUCGAUCAUCCAGAAAUGUUAUAGAUUAAUCAACAGAAAAGAAAACCAUAAAUGUAUCAUUUAAUGAGAAAAAAAAGUCAGCUCCUAAAAUUAAUGCUCUUUUAUAAGAACUUUAAAAGAGAACUAAUUCAUAAGACUAGUAAUUAAAUAGAACUUCAACUACAAAUUCAUAACAUGAAAAAUCAUCAAUAAAUAAAACACAAAGAUCAAUUUCACCCUAAUUUUUGUAUUAAAUGCCUUAAUAAUUGAAAAAAAUAUAUCAAUAAAUAAAUUGUAAAGUUGAGUAAAAUAAAAUACUAAAUAAAAAUUAGAAAUAAGAUUCUUUAAAAUGUAAAACGGAAGGAUCAAAAUCUCAUAAAAAUGAAUCAACAAGUUCUACUAUAAAUGAUUCAGAAGAAUAAAUUUAAUAGUUUAUUAAUUCAGAAGAAAUUGUAUUUACUAUUUUGGCUGUUAUCAGCAAAAAACAAAAGGUAAUUAAAUAAUGUUAAAAUUAUCUUAAUUAAAUUUCUAAUUUUAUAGUUGAAGAAAAAGAUUAAAUAUCUUACUAAAUCUUAUGUAAAUCAAUGAUCUUAGAAAGAAUUGGAAUUUUAGUUGUUUUAUAUAAAGCCUUAUCGGAUACAUUUGAUGAGGAUUAAUAAAACUUAAAAAAUUUAGUAUUUUAUAUUCAUAGUAGUAUGGUUUUACAUUUAGAAUUAAUGCAAUAAUUCAAUUCUUUAUCUCCAUCUUAAAAAUCAUUAAUAUAAGCAAGAUUAAAUAAACUAAGAGCUAGAAAAAAUCAGUAAUUAAUUGAUAUUAAUUUAAUACGUAAAAACAGUAAUGUAGUAUAUUCUCUUCUAAUUCUAUUGUAAAUUAAUUUUAUCAUUCAUUUUUAGCGUUGAAAAUGCUACUGAUAACAACCUUAAUUAAUUAGAAAGAAUUUUAACUAUUAUCGACAAAAUCAAUUUAUAAUAAGGAACUAAAUUUAUUAAAUACUAAUAUGAUAAAAUUGUAUUAAAUCUAAAUCAAUAUUUUUAAGUUAAUACACAUUUAAUAGUUGAGAUUAACAAGAGAUUCUUAGGAUUUUUAAUUUGACUAUGAAGAAGUGAUUGAUUGUUAACAGAUACCUUACUUAUCUAAAACAAAUAAAUACACUUUAGUUAUAGAUUUAGAUGAAACAUUAGUACACUACUAAGAAGUAAUUCAUUAUAUUUCUAUAUAGUUAUUAGACGAUGGAUAGUUUUUAGUUAGACCAUAUGCAUAAUAAUUCUUGAAGGAUAUGUCUAAAUAUUAUGAAAUAGUUAUUUUUACAGCAGCAUAGUAAGAUUAUGCUGAUUUUAUAUUGGAUCUAAUAGAUGAAGAUAAAGUGAUUGGAUAUAGAUUAUAUCGUUAACACACUACUUUAGUCAAUAAUACAUAUGUAAAAGAUAUUUAAAAGAUUGGACGAGAUGUAAAGAGAACAAUAAUUAUUGAUAAUCUAGCUGAGAACUUUAAGUUUUAACCAGAUAAUGGAAUUUAGAUAUAGAGUUGGUAUGGAGAUUAAGAUGAUUAAGCUUUAUUAUUACUUUCUCCUUUAUUGAUUCAGAUAGUUCAAAAGAAGAUUCAAGAUGUUAGAGAUGCUUUAAGAAAGUUUAGAGAUCAGAUGCAAAAUAAUAUUGAAAAUGGAAUUUCAGAUCCACAUUUGCAUUUAAGUUUAGAUUGA